AUGACAGGAGGAGACCUAGUGAACCGAACUCAUAUUGAUGAUACACAUCCCUGCUAUGAGAUUGAUAUUGUUUCUUCCACAUUUAAAAGCUCCCCUUCCACAGUAUGUCUUUUAUUGUACAUUUUCAUCAGUUCUGUAUCUGCUGUAACUGUGUUUGGAAACCUUCUGGUAAUAAUCUCCAUUAUUUACUUCAAACAGCUGCACACUCCCACUAACUCUUUAAUCCUUUCUCUGGCUGUGGCCGACCUGCUUGUGGGUUUUGUGGUGUUUCCUCUCAAUAUGGAAUUCUCUGUCAACCUAUGUUUUUACUAUCCUGACGUACUUUACAGGUACUAUGCAGUGUGCCAGCCUCUGACAUACAGAACUAAAAUCAAUGUUCAUAUUGUUGCGAUCAUGAUUGUCGUAGCCUGGUGCAUUUCAGUUCUGGUUGCAAUUGGUUUUCUUGUUGCAGCAUUGAACUUUGAAAAAUGUCAAGAAAACUGUUUUUUUGGGAUCUUACUUGCAAAUAUUUUGGGACCAAUGUUUUCAUUUUACAUCCCAGUAAUCGUCAUGGUGGGCAUCUACCUGAAGAUUUUCCUGGUGGCUCAGAAACAGGCACGCAGCAUCCAGAACACACACUGUCAGAGCACAAACUAUCGAAUGACAGUCAGAAAGGUGGAAGGAAAGGCCACAAGAACUCUGGCAAUUGUAAUGGGAGUCUUUCUGAUGUGUUGGACUCCUUUCUUUCUGUGUUUUGCUGCUGAGCUUUUGGGAAAUGCUUCUGUGCCUGCUGAAGUGUAUGAAACCCUAGUCUGGCUUGCACUGUUUAACUCCAUGCUCAAUCCGUUCAUCUAUGCUUUUUUUUACAGCUGGUUCAGAUCAGCUUUCAGACUCAUCCUAUCUGGAAAAAUAUUUCAAGGAGACUUUUCUCAUGCAAAAUUGAUUUGA